UCACACACUCCCUCUCCGCCGUGCUGUUGAGAAAUGCUGGAUCUCUGAGCGCAGAGCUUCAUCCCAAUCCUGUUCCUCCGCUUCGACACUGAGCCGCGACCAGAAGUUUGAACUGCUGGUACAUUUCCAGAGUAUCUCCUGUCUUCCAUCAACAGGAAGAGAGGACAGACUGUGAACAGACCUCGUCAUGAACUGGGCAUUCCUCCAGGGCCUCCUCAGCGGAGUGAACAAGUACUCCACCGCCUUCGGUCGAGUCUGGCUCUCCAUCGUCUUCCUUUUCCGGGUCAUGGUGUUCGUGGUGGCGGCGGAGAAGGUGUGGGGUGACGAGCAGAAGGACUUCAAGUGCAACACGGCUCAGCCCGGCUGCCACAACGUCUGCUAUGACCACUUUUUCCCCGUCUCCCACAUCCGACUGUGGGCACUGCAGCUCAUCUUCGUCACUUGCCCCUCACUGCUGGUGGUGAUGCACGUCGCCUACAGGGAGGACAGGGAACGCAAGAACCGAGACAGGUAUGGCGAGAACUGCCGCCGCCUCUACGAGAACACUGGCAAGAAGCGUGGGGGCCUGUGGUGGACCUACGUCCUCACUUUAGUCUUCAAAAUAGGAGUGGACGCCACCUUUGUCUACCUCGUCUAUCACAUCUACGAGGGCUACGACUUCCCAUUGCUCAUCAAGUGUGAGCAGAAGCCGUGUCCCAACAAGGUGGACUGCUUCAUCGCCCGGCCCACCGAGAAGAGGAUCUUUACCGUCUUCAUGGUGGUCACCAGCCUGGUCUGCAUCCUGCUCUCCAUUUUUGAAAUUGUCUACCUGAUUGGCAAACGCUGCCAUGAAUGUGUCAGCACGAUCCAUCACACUCGCCAUGCCUUGACGGACAAGAUGUCCAGCGGCAGCACCUUGAUGGAGGCGAACACUUUAAAGAUGAGAAGUGAAAACACCCCAGAAACACCUGCGCCCUCAUACAGUGUCGCCAUAUCUUGAGAUACUGGGGAAGGACUUGUGAAAAAAAAGAAACAGAGACACGAGAAAGGAGAGUUGCUCCACAGGCGCCUCCUUAAAAGACUUGGCAGCUGACAUUGCUCACAGACUAAACUACGAUGGAGUUACUUCCUGACUGUUCCUGGGUCCAGAGGAAUCCUAGACCACAACACCAAUGUUUCAGUGAUCACAUUCCCAAUCACUGCCUUUUGAUUCGAUUUUUUAAACACAUUGAAGCUCUACACUACAGCCCCUGAAAAGAAAAAAACGAAUUUGUUUUAUCCAGCCUACAUGAGUCACCCUGUGGUUUGGAGAGUGCACAUGUGGUUCUCUGUGUAAGAUUUUCCUUCUGCUUGUGCCCAGCCUCAGAGCAUUCAACGCAGACUGUACUGUGUCUUUUCCCCUUCUCUCGCGUGUCCGGAUGUCUUCUUGUAAAUAUUGUACUUCUUUGUAAUUUAUCAAAAGUCUUGAGAGAUUGUGUUGUUGUGUAAAUGCAGCUUUUGAAACAGUUGUUGAUAUCAGGGUUUAUUUUAUUGGCUGCAGAGUUGUUCACAUUCUUUUCAUUAAAGAUGAUUUUUAUGUUUUGAAAA